UCAAAUCCUGUCUAUGUUGGUUAAGACUCAAACUAGUGCACUGAAAAUGCACUACCACUAAAUGCACAUAAAAGAGAUGUGGCCUAUGAAAAGAUCAAAAAGUGAUGACUGCUCCACAAAUCGCGUGUGUUGGAUAUUAUGUGGGGUAUGGAGGCAGAAGUUUUCAUAUUUAAAAUUGUAUCUUUAUUUCACAUUACCUUUCUAAACGUUUGCUUCUUGUAUAAAGCCCAUCAGCGUAAACAUAACACACAGACAACUCAUAGCCUAGGAAUGCUCAUCAACAACAAACACUGUUUGAAGCUGGACAGCUUUUGCACUUGACGCUCAGGUUUGCAAAGAGGAAGAGGAUGUGGAUUCAUGCACGGUGAUCCGUGUCGCGCGCGAGUCCGUCACGCUGUAUGCAAGAGGAAAUAGAAUCGACUGUGCAUGGAAGAUAGGCAGCAUCAGUACCCGUUUGUGUGUGGAUAAGGAAUUACGGUCACGAAUCUUUCGUUCGAGUGGCAUAACUUCUUUUGUCAUAACGGACUGAGGAGGGCGGUGAUGUUUGCCCGUCCCUAGACGCUUGUCCUUGGGGGAGCCUGGACUCUGAUAACAGCAGUAGGACACAGACAGACCGACAGACAGACAGACAGACACCACAGACCUGCCAUGACCAGCAGUAAGUACCACUCUGCUCUUGUGAGAUGCUGCGUAACACACUGAGUACAGCAUUCAUAGUCCCAUAACACACUGCCCUAACACACUGAGUACAGCGUUGAUAUCAAUGUCCCGUAACACACUGAGUACAGCGUUGAUAUCAAUAUCCCGUAACGCACUGAGUAGUACAGCAUUCAUAGUGUCAAUGUCCCGUAACACACUGAGAACAGCGUUGAUAGUGUCAAUGUCCCGUAACACACUGAGAACAGCAUUCAUAGCGGCAAUGUCCCGUAACGCACUGCCGUAACACACUGAGUACAACGUUGAUAGUGUCAAUGUCCCGUAACACACUGAGAACAGCAUUCAUAGUGUCAAUGUCCCGUAACGCACUGAGAAGUAUAAUGAUAAAUGAUGUAAUGAUGAUGAUGGAUAGAAUUGUUAUUGUGAUAGUGUCCCGUAACACACUGAGAACAGCGUUCAUAUCAAUGUCCCGUAACGCACUGCCGUAACACACUGAGUACAGCAUUCAUAGUGUCAAUAUCCCGUAACACACUGAGUACAGCAUUCAUAGUGUCAAUAUCCCGUAACACACUGAGUACAGCAUUCAUAGUGUCAAUAUCCCGUAACACACUGAGUACAGCGUUGAUAUCAAUGUCCCGUAACACACUACAGCGUUGAUAUCAAUGUCCCGUAGCACACUGAAAAGUAUAAUGAUAAAUGAUGUAAUGAUGAUGAUAGAUAUAAUUGUGCACACAUUCACAUGUGAUUAAACUCUGAGCGAAACUGUUUACUAUACUGACAAUGUAAAAUCAGACUAGUUGGAGAUUUCAUGAUCAUAAUAAUGAAAUAAGCAUCUUUGUUUUUGGUGUCAUGUUCUGAUUAAUAUCUGCUGUGUACAUGUGAUAAACACUGUUUUUCCUCUCAUUCUGACCAGAAGCCCAGGCUAUGCACUCUGUAACUCUGUGUCUGGGUCUGAAACCCAGCCAAAGCUGCCACAUGGCCAACUAUAUCGUCCAAGAACACCAGUUUUUAUCUUUUAUCAGGGCCAACUGUGCUCAUUACAUCAUUUAUCAUUCUACUUAUCAGUAUGCAUUUUAGGUAGUUAACUCGCAAGUUUUAGACCAGGAUUACUUACCGCUGCUUUAAGUAUAUUUUUGUCAGUUUUGUCCUACUAACCUUGUAAACAGAUUUGGCUCUGCACUUGACCAUUGCUGCGUCUCGUCCUCAUCUCCCAACAUCUCUGCAGCUGCUCGGCCUCCUUGGACCCCUGCUGCUUUUGUUUCCGACUAUUAGUAUUAUUCUCCGCUAAAGGUGUUUGUGCAGCACAAACCGUAAGGCCAAAAUGGGGCAAACUCAAUCUCACCUGCUACUCUGUCACAAGAAAGGACAGUCAUUGGCCUCAAAGUGGCGCUAUAAGGCGAAGACUGACAUUUUGCCUCCUAUCUCUACAACAGUUUGGCGUAGAAUGACAAUUCCUGCGGGGGCAUCCACAUCUAUGCUGGAUGGUCUUGCGCUCUAAAGCUGUGGCGUUUUCCCUCCAUUGGCCAAAACAUCCAAAGUGAAAGUAAAACUAACUACUCACACACACACACACUGUGUGCCCGAUUCUCACCACGGGUGGUAUGCAUCAACUCCUCAGCGCCUCAGUCCUAUUACAUUUGAUAGUACAGGUCUCUGUGUGAUUUACAGAAUGCUUUUGUGUGAUCUUAGUGUCAUCUCCACCCUACCCCCCACAGUUGCAGAUGGGAUUGGACACUUAGGGGCAGAGCAAAGGCACCACACUGUCCCUGUAGCAGAUCCCGGAGCCUGGGCCACAGCCAUGAGCAACCUGGGCAUUGUACCCAUGGGCCUAACUGGACAGCAGCUAGUAUCAGACUCCAUCUGUAUCCAGGGGUUUGAUCCCACCCUAGGCAUCAUCACCCCUAUAAACCCUAUGAUGGCAGGGAUAAGCCUGGUUCCUCCUCCACCGGUGCCUCCAGAACUUCCAAUAAUCAAAGAGAUCAUCCACUGCAAGAGCUGCACUCUCUUCCCACAGAACCCUAAUUUGCCCCCACCAUCCACCCGAGAAAGACCUCCUGGCUGUAAAACUGUGUUUGUCGGAGGACUUCCAGAGAACGCCAGUGAAGAAAUGAUUCGGGAGGUUUUUGACCAGUGUGGUGAGAUUGUGGCUAUCCGAAAGAGCAAAAAGAACUUCUGUCACAUCCGCUACAGUGAGGAGUUCAUGGUGGACAAAGCACUUUAUCUAUCUGGAUAUAGAAUCCGUAUUGGCUCAAGCACAGACAAGAAGGACUCUGGCCGCAUACAUGUUGACUUUGCUCAGGCGCGCGAUGACCUAUACGAAUGGGAAUGUAAUCAGAGGUCGCUGGCACGUGAAGAGAGACAUAGGCGCAAAAUCCAGGAGGAUCGCCUAAGACCUCCCUCUCCCCCUCCCAUCAUGCACUACUCUGAGCACGAGGCAGUCAUAUUGUCAGAGAGUUUAAAGGAGGACAACAAUUUCAGUGAUGCCACAGCUGUGCUUUUCACAUGGGUUGACCGCGGUGAGGUGAACCGGCGCACCGCCAACCAGUUUUACUCCAUGAUCCAGUCAGCUAACAGCCACGUGCGGCGCCUCAUGAGUGAGAAGGCUCAACACGAGGAGGAGUUGGAGCAGGCCAAGGAGCACUUCAAGAACACGCUGCUGGCCAUCCUCACACAAUUUGAGCAGAUUGCGGCUGUUUUCACUGCUGCCUCGCGACAAAAGGCAUGGGACCAUUUCUCAAAAGCACAGCGCAAGAACAUAGACAUUUGGCGCAAGCAAUGUGAGGAGUUGCGGAAUGCUCACAGUGAAGAAAUUAUGGGAAUACGGCGAGAGGAAGAAAUGGAGAUGUCUGAUGACGACUCGGAGGAGAACCCCUCCAAGAAAUUACGCACCGAAGACAUGGCUGUAGCUGCUCUAAAGGAGGAGAACGACAGCCUGCGCUGGCAGCUCGAUGCUUAUCGGAAUGAAGUGGAACUGCUAAAGAAGGAGCAGGGCAAAUCCUACCACAACGAGGAAGAUCACAUGCAAGAGCAGCAGCUUCACUUCCUGCAGCAGACCAUGCAGAGCAUGCAGCAGCAACUGCUCAGUCUGCAAGAGGAGCUGAAGAGUAAGGAGCAGGAGCUGGAGCAAGCCCAGGACGAACAUCGAUGCCUGGAGGCAGAGGUCCUCACUCUCAGGGAAAAGCUCCUGAACAACAUGGACUGUCAAGAGGGAAGCAACACGGAGGGGUCUGAGAAGGGAGUCAAUGGAUGUGCAGACACCCUCUACCACCAGCACUGCGGCAAGAACCGUGAAGUGUUCAUCCAAGGCCCUUUGAGAUGCGAGAAGGAGGCUCUGUUGCUAGGAAUUAUAUCCACUUUCCUCCAUGUUCACCCAUUUGGAGCCAACAUUGAGUACUUGUGGUCAUAUAUCCAGAGCUUGGACACAAAGGUCUCUGCAAGGGAGCUUGAGCGCCUAAUGUUGCGACUACCAAAUAUGUUCAAGCAGGAGUUCAGCGGUGUGGGAGCGACAUUGGAGAAGCGCUGGAAGUUCUGUGGCUUUGAGUGCCUGAACUCGGCAUAACCCCCACAGGCCACUCACAUCAAAGGACUAACUGCCCCAGGAAGCGGUGACUGUAGAGCCAGGGGUAUAUCAAUCCUAAACCGGAGUUUGAAGGACCCACAGAAAGUACAAGACGGGGAGGUGUCAUCAUGGCAGCACUACAUGCCAGAGCAGCCACAAACAAAGGCCAUUACCCUGUCGGCUGUUGCUUAGACACAAAACCUGCAGCAGAACACGAGGCAGGAGGAGAACGAGCUGCAAGAAAUCAGGACAGAUUCAUUUAUUUGACUGCAUUUUUUCUGCAGACUUCUGGGCCAGUUAUGCAACUCCACUGGCAACUGUAUCCUUCAACCAGAGGAGGAUAUCAAUGCAUCAAUCAAGGGGUUCUUCAAUUAUAAAUACAGUCUGGAAGUUUGGAACUGUGUACAGAUGUGAGACAAUGACCCUUUUUUUAUCCAAAUAUACAGAUGUGCUUUAAAGCUGUUCAUUAAGAUUCAGAUUUUUACAUAUGCAGUAUUGCAGUAUAUUGUGAAAUACUGCCCCUAAUGUUGUCCAGGUAGAGGACAACUUCCUUGCCUGAAUAUUUCAGAGCUUGCCCUGCCGUGGUCUUACAUGUUGUGUUGACAGUGUACUUAAUCUGAUGUUUAUUCUAAUGUGUUCUAAUAGGUUGCUGACAAUAUCUGUGUAAAUUAUUUAAAAGAAAAAUAUUUGAGAAUAACGUAAAAUAAAGUGUUUUAAUCCCAGA